AGCAGCUGUUCGCCUUGCCCCCAUUCGACCCAUUUCUUGCCAAUCGGGUGGAAAACAAACGCAGUAACUACCCAACAUCCAGCACGUGCGGCGCCAGAAUCCAGGACGCACUGCAGCGGGCGAAAAGAGAGAAACGCAAGCAGGCAACGCCGGUGUGCCACACGACUGAUAGCCACGUAAAAUGAACGCAUUGCGCAACAUCUUCACAUCGCGAACCCUCAACUAUUUGCGCCAGAAUGGACAGAACGCGAUCCUUAACGCCACCCAGCAGCAGCAGGCCGUGGACGCCGUGCCGCUGACCGCCGAUCCCGAGCAGCCGCUGAAGGCCAACCGUCCGGCUCCGCUCUCCAUACCGCGCUCCAUCCUCGAUGCCUGCCAGUUCACGGCCAAGACCUUCGACCUGGGACGCACUGCGUCCGGGAAUCAGACGAGCGGCUCCCUGUCGCCGACGACGCUGAAGCGUUUCGGCCGCAUGCAACGCCGCAUGGAGCUGGUGUACCGCUGCAAGCUGUGCAACACCCGCAACACGAAGACCAUCAGCGAGGAGGCCUACUACAGCGGCGUGGUGAUCCUGCAGUGCGACGGCUGUGCCGUCGACCACCUCAUCAAGGACAACCUGGGACUCUUCACCGGCCGCGAUGGCGACAGCAGCAUCAGCUCGGGCAUCAGCACGAGCAAGAACAUCGACCAGGUGCUGGCCGAGCGCCAUGCCCGCGUCCGGGUGAUCAAGGUGAACGAGCACGGCGAGCUCAUCUAGGAACUCUAGUCAGGUCUAGGCAACGGUGAAGGCCAGGAGAACCGGCUGGUGCGCCGCGCCAGCCUGCGCGAAUCGUGUCCGCGGUGGACACACUCGGCACGGGGCACACUGAACCCAAGCACCCCAGGCAAAUGCACCCAGUCCCACAAACCGGAAUCCCGGAACCCCUCAUUCUGCUCCGGGUCGGCCGGCUGUAUAUAAUUAUUGUACUGUAAUUGUUGAUUGUUUCGGGCCGUGAGUAAUGCCUAAAAAGUGAUUAAAAGAACGCCCAGUUCGAAAGUUAAAUCAUAAAUGUA